GGAAGAGAGGAUGCAGAACAGAAACUGCCUGGACGGUAUCUGCUUUAUCUGGAACAAGAUGGACGCCAGGGGGGACCUGAUGGUCAACGGGAAAUACCGCUACGAUGCCCUGGGGAAGAAAGUGCGGUUCCAUCAGAUGGGUUCGUACCAAAACAAGACCAUCAGCACGGACCUGCUGAUGCUCUUCAACGAGAAAGUCAUGUACAAAAUCAACUGGUCGAGACUCAGCUGCAAGAAGAUGGGGCUGAGAGUGCCAUUCCAGCCGCUGGAGGUGCCACGUGACGCCUUCUUGGCGGGCCAGACCAUUUUGGGAAGCGCUUCUGCGUUCGGACAGGGUCUACUGGUGAACACCUGGAUGGGAGAGGACAGAGAGUUCAAUGCCAAGUACAUGAGUGUCUUCACUGGAAUUGGCUGCCUUCCUGUCACUUCUAUGUACCACACAGACUCGACAGGAUGGGUGAUGCUCAGCUAUUACAACAUUAUGCUCGGCAUUGACAACCCGCACUUCUUUCACCCGCCCAUCUUCUGUCAAAAUGCUGUGCUGGAGGGAACAACGGACUACUUUGAAGCCUUACGUUUGGAAGACGAAUUGGAAGAUUAGUCGAUGAAUCGUGAAAUCGUUCUUUCUUCUCUUUCCGCUUUUCAGAUAGUUUCUUGUUGUUUAAUAAGAUUUUGGUUUGAUUUGGUAAUUUUUUCUAAACAUUUCUGAACUUCAAACUGAUUGUACUCCCACUGAAAUAAAGAUGUAAAGCAUUAAUUAGCUAAA